AUGGGUAAAGCGGCCUCGCUCACCGAAUUCGAGGAGGUCGGCGUCGGGAUCUAUGCAGUGACGCCGCUACUGGGAGAUGGAAUUCAAACUAGAGAGGAAAAUCUGGACCUUCCUAUUAUUUUGUGCACGCAACCUUAUCCAGAAAACUACGCACAUAAGGAAUAUGAAGAGUGUGAAAUGGAAAAAUGUGUUGGAAAUGUCAACGACUCUGAUUUCUUGGAUCCUCUUUUGCAAAAACGGGAGGAAAAAUUUGAAGACUAUGGGGAAAGGAAAGAUGUGGAUUACUCCCCAAACAGCCCAAGCCCUGAUAAUGACCCCAAGGUCAAUUGCUUUUCAAAUUUAGAAACCUCCCUUCCAUCAAGUGGAGGACAUGCAACUCGGAAAAUUCAGCAGCUGUAUACUAGUGAACUACUGGAUAUCAACUGUUCUCAGUGCUGCAAGAAAGUGAACCUGCUAAAUGAUUUGGAUGCUCGCCUUCGAAACAUCAAGGCGAGCAGCCCCAACAGAAAUAUAUCCAGCACGGCAUUCGGACACCAACUGUUCCAAGCCAACCACAAUGCGCUGGAUUCAAGUCAAGAGAGCAGCACGGAGGAUUUAUUCACAGAAAGUAUUGACUCUUGUGAUCUCAACAUUACAGAGAAGGUAAGUUAUCUUGAGAAGAAAGUGACAGAACUGGAGAGCGACAGUUUGAUGAAUGGGGAACUCAAGUCUAAACUCAAACUGGAAAAUACACAACUUGUCCAUCGUGUACAUGAACUAGAGGAGCAGAUGAAGGAUGUCGAGGCGAGGGCAGAUCAGAAUCUGGAGGAAGAGACGAAGAGACACAGUGAAGUUUACUGCAAGAUGGAGAGGGACAGAAACACUGAGAUAGAUUUACUUUGUACCAGAAUACAGCAGUUGGAGGAAGAAAAUGGAGAAAUGAAGACGAAUGUGUAUCGACUCAAGUCUCAGGCAGAGAAACUGGACCAGGAGAAGCAAAAGAAGAUGGACAAGCUAGAGGACACAAGCCUGAGGCUAAAAGACGAGAUGGAUCUAUAUAGGAAGGUAAUUGACAAACUGUGGCAUAACCGCCGUGAGUUUAAUAAGGAAAAGGAGGCUAUGCAAGAGCUGAUCGAUGAUCUACGCAGAGAACUGGACUACUUGCAUUUGUUUAGGAUGGAAGUGGAGCAUCCCGGAAAGGGAAAGGGCCCUUAUGAGCACAAUACAAAGCCUAGAGAGGUGGAAAUGGAACAAGAAGUCAAAAAAUUGAAACAGGAGAACCACAAAUUGCGAGAUCAGAAUGAUGACUUGAAUGCUCAAAUUCUAAGUCUAAGUUUGUAUGAGGCAAAGAGCCUGUUUUCCUCCCACUCAAAGGUCCAGUGUUUGGCUGCUGAGAUUGACAAUGCAUCAAGAGAUGAGCUGGUUGACGCUUUGAAAGGACAGGAGGAGAACAACCUGCGUUUGAGGAAAUACAUGGACAAAAUAAUUUUGGCCAUUCUUGACCAUAACCCCUCAAUUCUGGAGAUCAAAUGUUAA